AGCAGCGCGAAGACUUUGACGGCAACAAGAUGGCGGACGAACGGCGGUGGCUUCCCGAAAAGGUUUCAAAUCUACCUUUAACAUUUUUAUAGACCCUACAAUAUUUUUUUCUUAAGCUCACGAAACGAUAGUUGACUUUGGAGCGAUGUUGUUUUAUGUGAAGUGAAGAUUGAAGACGUGAUAGAAGAUGGACGACUACUGCUAUGCUAAGAUGGCGACGUCAUGUAAAAGAGAAAGUGAAAGAGAAUCAACUUCCAGCAAAUCACCAACGGAGGAAACUGCAGAUAAAGACGUCCAGCAGAUGAUUGGUCAUUCAGAAGAACUUCCACCUCGUGUGCAGAAGCAAGCGUGUCCAUGGCCUUCCCACAUUGAAGAGGAAGAGGAGGAAUUCUGGAUAACGCAGGGAAGUGAUCUCACCAAGUUGCCACUGACUGUUGUCUCUGUGAAGACUGAAGAUGAUGAAGAGAAACCACUGAUUCGUCAUCCAGAAGAACUUCCACCUCAGCCGCGGGGCGAGGGCUCCGCUUUGAAGCAAGAGCGUCCAUGGCCCCCCCACAUUAAAGAGGAAGAGGAAGAACUCUGGAUAACGGAGGAAGAUGAUCUCACCAAGCUACCACUGACUAUUGUCUCUGUGAAGACUGAAGAUGAUGAAGAGAAACCGCAAUUUGACAACCUUUUAGCUCCACUAUCAGAUAGUGAGGCCGAAUAUGACGAUGAAGAACCUUUGAGCAGCGAUACAGACUGUGAAGCUGAUAUGAAUACUCCUACUGACAACAAACAUUUCAGCUGCUCGGUUUGUGCUAAAAGCUUUAAUCAUAAGAACACUUUGACUGGACACAUGAAAACACACACAGGAGAGAAACUAUUUAACUGUACAGUUUGCGGCAGAAAUUUUUCUCAAAAAACCAAUUUGACAGCGCACAUAAGAACGCACACAGGAGAAAAACCAUUUAACUGUACAGUUUGCGGCAGAAAUUUUUCUGAAAAGACCAGUUUGACAGUGCACAUAAGAACGCACACAGGAGAGAAACCAUUUAGUUGUUUAGUUUGCGGUAAAUUAUUUUCUCAAAAGACCCAUUUGAAAGAACACAUGAAAACACACACUGACAACAAACACUCUGGAUGUUCUAAAAUGAUGACAGAUAAACAACGUUUGAGCUGCUCAGUUUGUGCUAAAAGCUUUUGUAACAACAGAUUUUUGUCUCAACACAUGAGAACGCACACAGGAGAAAAACCAUGCGUUUGUCUUGUUUGCGGUAAAACCUUUUCUCAAAAGCCCAAUUUGACACGACAUGUGAGAACACACACAGGACAUAAACCAUUUAAUUGUUCAGUUUGUGGGAAAGUUUUCUCUUAUAAGAUCUCAGUUGCAGCACACAUGAGAACGCACACAGGAGAGAAGCCGUUUAAUUGUUCGGUUUGUGGUCAACAUUUUUCUCGAAAGGACAAUUUGACAGUACACCGGAGAACGCACACAGGAGAGAAACCAUUUAAUUGUUCGGUUUGCGGCAAAACAUUUUCGCGCAAAACGUUUUUGACUGCGCACAUGAGAACGCACACAGGGGAGAAACCAUUUAAUUGUUCGGUUUGUGGUCAACGUUUUUCUGUUAAGGCCCAUUUGCCAGCACACAUGAGAACACACACCGGGGAAAAGCCGUUUAAUUGUUCAGUUUGUGGUCAAAACUAUUACACCAGGCAAAGUUUAAAUCGACACAUAAUCAAACACACUGGAGAAAAACACGUUUAGUUUAUCAUUAUGUGGAACAAGAUGGCAGACAAAUACACUUAUGUCAAGACAGAAGAACACACAGGGGGAGAAAUAUUCAGUUGUUCAGUAUAGCUACAGUCAAAGUAGCAUUUAGUGUGAUCACUUAAGGGAAUCUGCUCUGAUCACUUUUUAAGAGACUUCUCACAUGUGGCGUGUUAGAAUAAUUGUAUAUAAGUUAUCACACAACUCUUAUGCUUAAAGGCCGUUGCUCUAGUUAUUAUCUAUUGUGCUCAAGCUAUACUUUUUCCUCUCGUGCAAGGGCACACAACAUGUUAUCUUCCACUGCAUGUGAGGAGUGGCCUCGCCGCAGAUGUUUUCUGUCUUUCAGCUUGCUAACAGCCAAGGACGAACCAGCACCUCAACAAAGAUCAGGCAUAUCAACAUCAGGCAGACAAAGCAGAGACAGGGCGCAAUCACAACGCCCCCAGCACAUUCCGUUCGGAAUAAUCACGUAUUAUGCGUACUGAACUGCUCGCAUAAUGUGUGACCCCUCCCUUUAGAAGCAGCCUCAGCAUGUAAGUAGGAAACUCCUAAACUGAAUAAAUAGAGGAGCGUGUGGACUGUUCCUCAGAGCGUAGGGUGAGACUGUAACUGAGUGUGCAGCUCCAUGCGUUCU